UAAAUGAUCUACCAAAUCCGAAAUCUCACUAAACGCUCAGAUUCAAACAUCCGAAUCAAAAAUUUCCGGGGAAUAUCGGUAUGUAUAGAUUUUGUUAUAAGUCCGUGUUUGUGGUGCUGUUAAUCGCAUCAAUAGCGCGGAAAUCUCGGUGCAAUUCGAUAGUCAAUCCAUCCAAAGUCAGAACUAUCUCAUGGAAACCUAGAGCUUUUGUGUACGAAGGCUUUCUUACGGAUGAUGAAUGCAAUCAUUUAAUUUCUCUGGCGAAAUCGGAGCUGAAGAGGUCACAGGUGGUAGACAAUGAGUCCGGGAAAAGUAAGCUGAGCGAGGUUCGGACUAGCUCUGGAAUGUUUAUUGAUAAAGCCAAGGAUCCUAUUGUUGCUGGCAUAGAAGACAAGAUUGCAACGUGGACAUUUUUACCAAAAGAAAAUGGAGAAGACAUACAAGUAUUGCGUUAUGAACCUGGACAGAAAUAUGAUCCUCACUAUGACUACUUUGCGGAUAAGGAAAAUAUAGCUCGUGGUGGACACCGGAUAGCAACUGUGCUUAUGUAUCUCUCUGAUGUUGAAAAAGGUGGUGAAACUGUCUUCCCCUCCGCCGAGGAAUCACCUCGUCGUAGGUCUGUUUCAACAGAGAAAGAGUUGUCCGAGUGUGGAAGACAAGGUCCUGCAGUGAAGCCACGCAAAGGGGAUGCACUCCUGUUCUAUAGUCUCUAUCCAGAUGCAACUCCAGAUACCGCGAGUCUGCAUGCUGGCUGCCCCGUGGAUGAAGGCGAGAAGUGGUCUGCAACAAAGUGGAUUCAUGUCGAUUCCUUUGAUAAAGUCGUGGGCGGGCACUGCUCCGACUCAGAUGCGAACUGCGAAAGAUGGGCUUCCCUUGGAGAAUGCAACAAGAAUCCAGAAUACAUGAUCGGCUCCUCGGAUCUCCCAGGUUACUGUCGGAAGAGUUGCAAAGCAUGUUAAUUGUUUGACCUCCGUCUCACUAAAAAUAUAAACAUGGAUGAAUUCUUGGUUCAUACACAUUUCUGUAUCUUGAAAAUG